UUUUUUUUUUGUCACUUAGGCAUAUUUCAAAAAAUUAAAAAAAAUCAAAAGAUGGAAUUGCCUGCUCCUUUACUCAUCUUUAGAAAAACUAGUAUUCAUAUUUAUCUUUUUUUAUUACUAAGUUUGGUUGUAUUUUUGAUUACUUACUCAUCCUAUGUACUUCCAUCUUCUUCAUCAGUCACAUCCUUAGCCAAUUUGAUUUGGCCAAAUCCAAAAUUUGCAAAAAAGAGCAAAGAGAAAUUACCAUUUGCUAUAGGAGAAACAAAGGAAGGAUGCAAUGUGUUCAAUGGAAAAUGGAUUUGGGAUGAGAAAAGACCUUUAUAUGAAGAAUCAGAGUGUCCUUUUAUACAACCACAAUUGACUUGUCAAGAACAUGGAAGGCCAGAUAAAGACUAUCAACAUUGGAGAUGGCAACCUCAUGAUUGCUCUCUUCCAAGUUUCAACGCGACAUUAAUGUUGGAAACACUUCGAGGGAAGAGGAUGUUAUUCGUGGGCGAUUCUGUAAACAGAGGACAAUAUGUUUCUAUGGUUUGUCUUGUCCAUAGAAUCAUUCCUGAGAAUGCUAAAUCCAUGAACACUGUUGGUAGUUUCGACGUUUUCAACAUUAAGGAUUACAAUGCAACAAUUGAGUUUUAUUGGGCACCAUUUCUACUUGAAUCAAAUUCUGAUAAUCCAGGAAAACAUAGGAUUGAAGAAAGAGUUGUUCGAAAAGAUUCAAUAAACACACAUGGAAAAUAUUGGAAAGGGGCUGAUAUAAUUGUGUUCAAUACUUACAUUUGGUGGAGAACUGGUUUCAAAUUUAAUAUUUUGCAAGGGUCUUUUGAUGAUAAAGUGAAAGAUAUAGUGGAGGUAUCCACAGAGGAAGCAUAUAGGAUGGCAAUGAAGAGUUUGUUGAGAUGGAUUAAAAAGAAUAUGGAUCCAAAGAAAACUAGAGUUUUCUUUUCUAGCAUGUCACCUUCUCAUGAAAGGAGCAUUGAUUGGGGAGGUGAACCAAAUAAAAAUUGUUACAAUGAAACAAAAAUGAUAGAAGAUCCAAAUUAUUGGGGAUCAGAUUGUAGAAAAAGCAUAAUGCAAGUGAUUUCACAAGAAUUUGGCAAAUCAAAAAUGCCAAUUUCAUUUCUCAAUAUUACACAACUCUCAAGUUAUAGAAAAGAAGCACACACAACAAUUUACAAGAAACAAUGGAGUAAAUUAACACAAGAGCAACUAGCAAAUCCAUAUAGCUAUGCUGAUUGUUUACAUUGGUGUUUGCCUGGCCUUCAAGAUACUUGGAAUGAACUUUUAUUCACAAAGCUCUUUUAUCCUUAGAAAAAUUUAUGGACGAUCAACAGUUUGUGUCUAGCUAAUCAAUUUGAAGAAAAAAAAAACGUAACACUAGUGUAUUUGGACAUGGUCCUUUGUAUAUACUUAUUUUUAGGCAAUCGAUUUUGAUAAAAUUAAAUUGGUUUUUAAA